ACGACGAUCAUGGCGGUUGGUCAGCUCAAAUCUUUGAUUGGAUCAAUUCGGAGGAAGCCUUCCACCGCUCCAGAUCGGAAGACCAAUGGUGAAGCAGAGCUAACUCCUAUCAACGAAAAGACAUCUAUACUCCAUGACAUCACUCAUAUGAGUGUGAAGAACAUGAGCACCGUGGCCCAAGGCUUAACCACGAUUGCGUCUGGUGAGCCCAUGGACGACAAAGAGCUCUUGCUUGAACAUGGUGUAGCUGCACUUCAAACAGCGCCACCGAACAGUGGACUUUCUACAAUGGUCUCAGAAGGUUUCAUCAAGAUGCUUUACAACGACCUGCCCCAUCCACCAGUAACUCUGGCUGGUCCAACGGCCAGAUACAGAAGACAUGAUGGCGGCAACAACAAUCCGUGGAACCCUGAGAUGGGCAAAGCAGGAAGUCCCUACAGUCGGAGCGUGCCUCCCAUGAGGCCCAGAGGACCCAAUCUUCCCGAUCCCGAGCUUGUCUUUGAGCAAUUGCUCAAGAGAAAGGGCCCGUUCCGUGAGCAUCCCUCUGGUCUCAACAGACUGUUCUUCUCCUUCGCCACAAUUGUUAUUCACGAGUGUUUCCAAACCUCUCGAACAGACCAUUGGAUCAAUGAAACCUCCAGUUAUGUUGAUUUGAGCACUCUAUACGGAAACACAGAAGUUGAGCAAAAGCGUGUGCGCACCUAUGAGAAUGGAACGAUAUUUCCAGACUCAAUUGCUUCCGAGAGAAUCAUGAUGAUGCCGCCAGGUGUUAUUGCAGUCUUGGUGAUGUUCUCGAGAAAUCACAAUAGCAUUGCUCACUCCUUGUUUUCCAUCAAUGAAGAUGGCAAAUACAAGCCUGAGUUUGAACUGAAUUAUCAAUCUUGUUUGCUCGCUCGCAACAUCAACGUCGGCUUCUUCGCCACCGUUGUCCUCAAAGACUAUGUUGCUGCCAUUCUGAACACUCCGAGAGCCAACUCAGAGUGGUCACUCGACCUUGGUGCUGAAAUUAAGCAAGCUGGCCAACGAGUGGAACGUGGUACUGGUAACGUCGUCUCUGUCGAGUUUGCUGUUCUCUACCAUUGGCAUGCGGCUCUGAGUGCUGCUGAUGCAGACUGGAUGGAAAAGCUGCUCAGGGAAAACCUCCCAGAAAUCAAAUCAGUAGACGACAUCACACCGGAGAUGUUUAUGAAGGUUCUCAAGGACGAGGGCCACAAGUUGAAAGACACUCUGCCUAGAAAGUGGACCUUCGGAGGCCUCGAAAGAAAAGCAGAUGGCAUGUUUGAUGAUGUUGACCUUGCGAAAAUCAUCAAAGACUGCAUUGAGUCGCCAGCCCAUGCCUUUGGUGCACACGGCACACCGGCCAGUCUGAAGAUAGUCGAUAUCAUGGGUAUGCUUCAAGCUCGCAACAAGUUUCAGGUCUGCACGAUGAACGAAUUUCGUCGCUAUCUCAACUUGAAGGCGUACGCAAGCUUCGAAGAGUGGAACCCAGAUAAGGAGGUUGCCAGGGCUGCAGAGCUGCUCUAUGGCCACAUCGAUAACCUUGAACUGUAUCCAGGACUCAUGGCUGAAGUCACUAAGCCUCCUAUGGCUGGAAGUGGUGUUUGUCCAGGUCAGACCACUGGACGUGGUAUCCUUGACGAUGCUGUUGCGCUAGUCAGAGGGGACCGUUUCCUCAGUUAUGAUUUUAACAGCUCGACGUUGACAAACUGGGGUGUCGUCAAGCUUAGCAUUUCUCCACCAGNNGGAGCUUAUGGAGGCAUGCUACCACAGUUGCUACUCUCGGGACUGCCCAAUGCCUUCACGGGUACAUCAUCCUACGCUCUGUUGCCAUUCUACACACCAAAAGCCGCAGCAGGCAUUCUUAAGGGUAACGGAGUGAUCGAUCAGUAUGAUCUUGCCAGGCCCAAGAGCGACAGGUCCGUCGUCUCUGUCCACACACAGGAAGGCUGCAAGAAGGUCUUUGAGGAUCGUGAGAACUUCCGCGUAAUGUACCAGGCGGCAAUCAGGCAAUGUACUGAUGGUCACGAUUUCAUGAUUGGAUGGGAUCAGCAANAGAGGCACGACGAUAGAUCAAAGAUUCUUCACAAGGUGUUCUUCGAAGAGAACUUUGAAGCGAAUGUCACGAAGUUCUUCCGCACGAAUGUCGCAAGGCUUAUCAAGCAGAGUUCGCUUAAGUAUCAGGGGACUAGACGAUCAAUCGACAUUGUCCGAGACGUCACCAAUGUCACACCCAUUCUCUGGCUGGCAGAGAGAUUUGCUGUUCCAAUCAAGGAUGCAGAGCACCCUCGAGGCUUGUUGUCAGUGCCCGAGCUCUUCGGUAUCUACUUGGUCCUGUUCAUGUAUCAGAGCUUCAACAUCCAACCUCUAGUUGAAACCACGCUUCGGGAAGGGGCCACCAAGGUCGCCCCGGUCUUGUGCAAAAUACUGCACACUCAUCUUGCAACUCAACAGGGUGUCAAAGAAACAGUUGUGGACUGGCUUGCCAAGGGUACUGCAUACGAAGUUGGCCCAGAUGCAGAUCGCAUCUACCACGCUUUGAAUGCGACGAAGCUUCCCAUCGGUGACUUGGUUGGUGACUGUAUUGGCAUGGGUGCUCCAGUCGCAGGCAACAUAACUCAACAAGCAUCGCUGCUCAUUGAUCUCUUUCUCAGCCCUGGUUACGAGGUCUACAGAGACCGCAUCGUCGAGCUUGCUCACAGAGAUGACUCAGCAGCAGAGCGUGAGCUCCAAGGUUUCGUCUACGAAGGCAUGCGACAUGCAGGAGUAGUCCCAGGCCUGCCUCGUGUAGCAUCACAAGAUGUCACCGUUAACGACGGCACCCGCGGCCCUGUCCAUAUCAAGGCCAACCAAACCGUCCUGAUUGCAACAUCCAAGGCAUCAAUGGACCCUGUCGCAUUCCNNCCUAACCCGGAGAGGUUGGACCCGCACCGUCCGUUCAGCUCUUACAUACUUCUUGGCCACGGCCUGCACUUCUGCUUUGGUGCGAGAUUGGUUGGUGUGUCAUUGGCUGCUACGCUGAAGGAAGUUUUCAAGUUAAAGAAUCUGCGUCGUGCCAAAGGUCGCGCUGGACAGUUCUCGAUUGUUGAGCAUGAGGUUGCUGGUGUCAAGAUGAGACAGUAUCUUGAUGCGUCCUCGAAGGAGUCACCUAUCCCCACCACACUCACUCUUGAGUAUGACGAGUAA